UCAAAAGUUGCAGAGGUUAACUCAAGGUUCCAAGAGUGUGGAUGAGUAUUACAAGGAGAUGGAGGUAGCAAUGAUCCGGGCUAAUGUAGAAGAGGACCGAGAAGCCACCAUGGCUAGGUUUUUGCACGGUUUAAAUCGUGAGAUUGCAGAUAUAGUCGAGUUGCAGCACUAUGUUGAGUUAACAGAUAUGGUGCAUCAAGCCAUAAAAGUGGAGGAACAAUUCAAACGAAAGGGAUUGGCUAGGAGGGGACAACCUAUGGCUACCACCAGCCCAUGGAAGACAGCUCCAAAAAGGGACGAGCAGCUUCAAAAUAAGCAAAAAUUUGAACCCUCUAAGAAUGCCAAACCAACAACCACCACUACUUCAGGUAACACCGAGGCUUCUAUUUCUAAAACACGUGAUAUUAAGUGUUUUAAAUGUCAGGGGCGGGGACACAUAGCCAGCCAGUGUGUAAACAAAAGGGUGAUGGUGAUAAACGCCCAAGGAGAGCUUGAGUCGGAGAAUGAGGAAGAAGUAGAUGAUGAUGACAUGCCACCUUUGGAGGAUGCCGAUGAUGAGCAAAAUGCUGUGGUUGGAGAUUUAUUGGUAGCAAGGCGAGUUCUCAAUGUGCAAGUUAAGGAGGAAGAAAGUAACCAAAGGGAAAACUUGUUUCAUACUCGGUGCUUUGUAAAUAACAAAGUUUGCAGCGUCAUUAUUGAUGGUGGGAGUUGCACAAACGUAGCCAGCACUUAU